AAAAAGAGCAAAAUGCAUGAAGAAUUAGAAGUCACGUAAUGCAAACCUCAUUCUUCUUCAAUGAGACUUAUUUCUCAUGCUUAUUAAUGAGUAAAUGGGUACAUGAUCAAUAUAAUUGAUAUAAUUGAUAUAAUUAAUAUUGCACUUCUUCACACAAUGUGUGGUAGUUCUCUUAUUUGAAUUACUUGGUCGAUCACUUAAGAUAUAACAAUCAUUUUAUAUAAUGGCCACCAUCCAACGCCGCUUUUUUCACCAAACCCUCCGCUAUCUCAGUCAUGAGAAUCCCCUAGGCCUACCCCGAACGGGCUCGAUCCCUCGCAUGCAGCGUGGGCUCCCAGAGCGGCGCAAGAUCAAAGAUGUCGCAAAAGUGGUCGCUGUAUCAUCUGCCAAGGGUGGUGUAGGCAAGAGUACUGUCGCCGCGAAUCUGUCUCUAGCUUUCGCAAGGAUGGGUUACCGCUCCGGGAUCCUCGACACCGAUAUCUUCGGACCCUCUAUACCUACGCUCUUCAACUUGAGCGGAGAGCCGCGGUUAUCACCUAAUAACCAAUUAUUACCCAUGUCCAAUUAUGGUGUCAAGACUAUGUCUAUGGGUUAUCUAGUUGGUGAGGAUGCGCCUGUCGUGUGGCGGGGCCUUAUGGUAAUGAAGGCCUUACAGCAACUACUUCACGAGGUUGACUGGGGUGGUCUGGACGUUCUAGUACUCGAUCUACCACCCGGCACAGGAGAUACACAACUCAGUAUUACACAGCAAAUCAUACUUGACGGCUCUAUCAUUAUAACCACGCCACAUACUCUAGCAGUAAAGGAUGCGGUAAAGGGGAUCAACAUGUUUAAAAAGAUGAAUGUGCCCUUGCUCGGCCUAGUACAAAAUAUGUCACUAUUUAAUUGCCCACACUGCCACCACGAUACGGCAGUCUUCGGAUCUGGCGAGCGUGUUAAGGAAGUUUGCACAGAAUAUUCCAUCGAUCUACUCGGCGAUAUUCCAUUGCAUCAGAAUGUCGGAGAUGACGGCCAGAAGGGGAAGCCAACCGUAGUUUCGGAGCCUGAUAGUGAGAGAGCUCAGGCCUUCAUGGAUAUUGCUAGGCUAGUAGGGUCGAAGGUGGGCUUAUAACACUUUAACUAGUUAUAGUACCUAAAGUUAUUGUACCAUGUGCCAACAAGCCACUUCGGCAUAGCCCACAUCUACGACAAGCUCGAAGCGAUAAAAUUCGGCUCCCGUCUACAUUGAGGUUGUUUUUGAUACUAAGUCGCCCAUAUUUCUACAUGUACUGACUGCGUCUGACGCACCAAGUAUCAGGGAGCGGGCCGUUUCGGUUCCUGCCAUUACGAAACUUUAGCAAAUCAGUCCAUAAUUUAGUAUUGGGGUCAUUGCGGCAGCAAAACUCUCCAUGUAAAAAUUCGUAUAUUGAUGCUCAGAGCUCGGUUACAGGAGCCGAUGCGCUAAAUAGAGCGUCUAGUCCAGGGGCUACGUUAGCAUCCAUAGAACCUAAUUAGGGACAAAGGGGAUCAAAGCCUGUAGAACCUCCAUUCCUAAUUCCGACCUUUCCAGAUGAAACGUAAACUAUACAACAUUCUACGCAACGAUGGCCACCUGUAACUGAUAUUAGUCCAAUUCCUCAUUGGCUUGGUAGAUGUGGCGGCUCCUUGUAGGAUCUUUCCGCAUAGCCUGGCCCGAGCCGGUGAAACCGACUACAAAGAAAGUUAGCUUUCAGAUUAACGCGACUAUAAUCGAAAACUGACCUCGACCGUGUACACCUUCAGGC